AUGAAUUUAAAUAUACUUCGAUAUUGUACAUUAUUAAUUUCAGUGCUACGCCAUAUUGACGUAGUCACUUGCCAAGCAAACCAAAUACAAAUUAUUGAUCGCAAAAGUAGAGCUCUACAUAACAUAAAUAACAAUAACCCAGCCCCCUUGGCUGGUGUAAGAGCUCAAGAUCCAAAUACGUUCCAUGUAAGUGAUUCAGAUGAGGAUGAUUUGGAAGUAAAUGUAAACAACUCAUCUAUACCAAUAUCUGGUACACCUGUAGCGACCACACCAACAGCUAUUCCAGGUAGAACACCAGUAGCCACGACGCCUAUAGUCAAGGCUACCAUACAAGACAGAGCACCGGAAGUUAAAGAGUCACCGAAACCAGCUCAGCAGAGAGCGCCACCAAGAAAAGGAUACGUGGAGUCGCUUAAGUUGGUUGUAGACGUAAGUAAAAAAUGGAGCACGGAUGAACUUGAGUACAAGAGAAAUGAUGCCCGCAGGAUGGACGUGUUCACAGCGGUAGACCCACACUUGAUUUAUAAAGUUAAGAAUUUUGAUGACACGCUUUGGCAGGCUAAAGACGAAGCAUAUGCAAAAAUGGUGGAAAUCGAAACGCUCGAAAAUAAGCCGCCACUUGUGACCGUGUACAUGCCUGAUGACCUGUUCCCAAGGUUGGGACCAGAUGCUCUCGACCAAUCAGGAUUUGCAGUUCAGGAGGAGCAGAUGUCCGAUUUCUCAGAUUACUCGAAGUUUGCGGUGCGACAUAAGAAGAUGUCGGACGCACUGAAAGAAGGCGACAUGAAGGUGACGGAGGUGAGGCCCGGCGGUUACGACUCGGACGCCUCCGUAAUUGAAACGAAGAGGCAUAAGAGAAGAUUUAGAACAGGUCUCGUGCAUCUAGUGAUUUUGGAUAUUAAGAAUAAGCAGAGCUCAGACAAGAUCACAUACGAAAGACAGGGAGACUUUGACGUUUUCACAGCGGUUGAGCCGUAUCUAAUAGACAAGGUCCAGAAAAGAACUCAGCUGAUUUGGCAAUCGACGAACAUGAACUACGCGUCGAGAGUAAUUCAGAAGAAAACAGGAAACAAGAGAAACUUUAGAAUAUUCUUCCCGUAUCACACAGCGCAGUGCAGCGACUCGGGAAGCGACGACGAAAGAAUAAGAAGAGAAGUGGAUGAAAACUUCAAGCAGGCACAACUUGAAGCGAACCACUUGGCGAAAAUGCAGGCGGCACAAGCAGCACAGAUGUACGCGCCACCAGUAGCACACUCACCAUUCCCACAAUACUACGCAACACCGGCGCCACCGCACGUUCCGCCGCAGCAGUAUUUCAGAUUACCACACCCUACGCAAUUCGCACCACAGAUGACGCCCUACCCACCACACCAAGGAGUAGUGCCGGAGCCAUACUUCACGAUUCAUGACAGACAUGAAACAUAUACAUCGCAACCAAAGAGGAGAUACAGAGUAUCCCCACAAUCAGCCUCUGAGUCACCGACCGACCGCUGGACGGACCAGAGGCAUCAUCCACCAAAAGGACCGGAAGCAGAUCCGCUAGUAGAAAUAGUGGAGCUGUACAAGGUCGAGGAGAGAGAAUUAGACGAGGAGUCGGAACAAGAGUCCCCCGACUUCACGAGACACAUCGUCUUGGACGUGGAAAACAAAUUCACCACGGACAAGAUGCUUUACGAAGAGAACGAAGAUAAAACAGUGACGUUUACAGCAAAGGACCCAUUCCUCGUGGGGAUCAUUAAGAAGGGAGAAAGAGUACUCUGGAGGUCGAAGGACGGAAGGUACUCGAAGAGGAUCAUCAUGAGGGAGCGAGAAAACGACAUUCCGCUACUCAGAGUCUUCCUGCCGAGAAUGAAGCCGACGAGUAGCGCAACACAUCCCAGAAGAGUGGAUCUGGACAUCAACUACAAGUUCUCGACGAACGAGUACGAAUACAAGUCGUUCUUUGACCAGGUGCCUCAGAGACUGACGAAGCACACGUACACGACGAAGGGAGGUUGCAAGUUUCAUGUUGUGAGGAGGUCGGACCACGUGAUUUGGAGAGCAGGCGACGAUAGCGAACUAUCAGACCAGGUGACCGUGCUCAAGUACCACGACAUGAGGACGGAGCAGGUGAUGAUUAACCUGCCUGACGGAACGGCGCGAAGGUACACGAAGCCUGAGAGGUGCGUGAACUACUACAGAAACUGGAUGAACAUGGGCGCAGUGCCGCUCUUCAGCCCGACAACGCAGAGCGUCGCACUGGACGUCAGCAACAAGUACGACACGCACUACUACCAGUACACGAGGAUGGGCGACGUCUCGACAUUCGUCGCGCGCUACGGCUACGUGUUCACGGCGGUGUUGGACAGUGGGUAUGCGGUGUGGUCCUCCUUAGGAAACGAGUUCGCGGUCAGCGUGGAAGUGGUGGGCGACUUCGAAAUGACGAUUCAGCUCUGCACUGCGAACAGGAGGUUCAGGAAGGGCCAAAACAACGUAUGGUUCGAGUACACGGACAAGACGCACGUACCCCCGAUUUACGUCCGCUCGUCGCAGUACCUCAUAUAG